AUAAAUACAAAAAAAACAUUAGGACACGUCGAGCACCAGCCAACAUAUAGAAACCGAAAGAAUACCUGAACCAUGGAAAAUCUGGACUCCACAAUAAAUACCACCGAGAACAGCCGCUUUUCCGCACUCUAUGGCGGACUGAUCAAGGAGAUAGCUGCCAAUUCGAAAAUGUCGACCUUGGACAUUACCUGUUUGCUGUGCGUCUACUACAAGUUCGUCAAGUUCAACGGACCGGGAGCCAGGCAGAUGAAGAAGCAUCAGUUCUACCAGAUCUACCUGGUGCUCUUCAACGUGGCCAAUGUCCAGGUCAUCGAACGCAGCCUUCUGGCCAUCACGAAGGAUACGAAGUUCGUCAGUCCCCAGGCCUGGGUUGAUCUCUUCGAGCUCUAUACAACAGAGGACCUUGAAAGGCGCAUGCGUUUCGCCUUCGAAGUAUAUGACACUAAGAACACUGGAGUUAUCGAUCGCGAGCAGGUGGGCGUGGCAUGCGAGAAAUUCUUUAUUGAAGGCGACGACGAGGAUGAACUUAUUGAACUCAGGGCGGACAUGACUGAGUUUAUCAUGAAGAAGUUUGAUGUGGACAAGGAUGGAGUCAUUUCUUUUGAGGACUACUCCUCAGUAGUCUCCCAGCAGCCCGUUUUGGUUGAGUUCUUGGGUUGGCUCUUUCCGUCGAACGAAGAGAAGGAUCUCAUGGCUCAUGUUAUUAACAUGGACUCCAUGCUUAAAUAUUGUAAUCCCGAGUUAUAAUAUACUGGUUUUUCUUAAAAAUAU